AUGGAUACCGAAGCCUCCACUUGUCCCCAGGACAGCAACUCGACUGACUGUCUGCUUCGAAACCUGGUUCAAAUUCUGAACGGAGCUCAAAAGUCCGAUGAUUCGAAGUAUGAUUGGGACCCCAUAACCUUUGCCUUUACUGUCAUCGUUGGUGCUGUGGCGCUUUUGUUUGCUCUGGUUCCCAUCGUUCAGACCAUUAUCGCACCUGGACAAGGGAGUAGAACGACAAAUCGCCUUGCCAUUGGAGAAAAGUGGUCAAAAGAGAGCUCGAGACAAUGGAACUGGCGCCAAUGGACAUACGAAUACACUGUCAUUACUCCCAUCUUCCGUAUGCAGACCUUGAGGAAGUGGGUGGAGGCGGACAUCGACAACAUCAAAAAAGAGUACGACGGAACCAUUCCUGGGAGCGACAUUGACGAGAUCUGCGGAGAGAGAACCAGGUACACGGAUCCAGAGAAGCACAUAGCGUGUCAAAACACCAUCGACGACAAAAACACCGAGAAGGACUCCGAGGGCGACCUCGUGGCCGCUCCUGCGUACGCGCAGAUUGGGGUUAUUGUUACAGCCGCUUCAACAACACCGGGUUGGGCGAAGUGGCCCACCGACCCAUCGUCAAAUUUCCCUGUGAUCUUUGGUUAUGGAUUUCAGUUUGACUUCCGCCAACACCCAAUACUUGGUGUUCUUGGAGCCUAUUCGCAGUACAGCAAACGACAGCAAGAUCAAGACGAUUCUCGCAAUAUCCCCGGUAUCUUUGGACUCCAGUGGCUGUACGACAAGACCAAGGCGGGUAAGGACGCCCUUCAGAAGAAAGACAAGAGAGAGAAGCUGUUGUCGUACCACAGCCUAUCCCGUCUCCAUGCAGCCAUAUCCCACUCACGCGCAGCCAUAGAGGCCGACCGGCAAUCACUUUUCAGUGCCGGGCCCAAUAACCCAUUGAGUGUCAUAAAUCUAAGCAACAGCCAUCACCGCGUCGAGGUAUUAAGAUAUAUGCUUAAGUUGUCCAUGGCGGAUAUGCAUUCCGGAGCACAGGGUGGCUUCAUGUUGGACUAUGGAGGCCUCUCCCAUGAACAAUACAUGCCCAUUGUCGGGCUGUUCCUGGCUACCACGCCACGAUAUGUGCCUACAUUAUUCCCUACGGACUUGCUGAGCAAAAGGCCUCCUCUUACGCUUCUCGCUCUGAAUGGACACUUCUGGACGAAUGUCACAAGAGAAAGCAUCAAAGGGGACGACAUGUCCGAUUGGCCUGUGUCGCUUCAGACCUCGGACUGGGACCAGAACGUCAUUCAAUGGGUCAAUGAUGGGAUGAAUGAACUGGGAAGGGUCAAAGGUGAAACACUCGAGGCCGUUUUCAUGGAGACUAAACGAUCAAUCUACCACCAGUUGCAGUGCCAGGGAGCGGGCGCAACGAAGCCUGCUGUUGGCCUCAAGAUUGUACUUCAUCUAUGCAUGAAGCUGCUUCACAACGAUAAGACCUUUCGAACCUGGUUUUCCAAAUACCAUCCAGCAGUCGCGGCAUACUUGAGACGCAUCAUUCAUCUGCAACUCCAGCUGCUGGAUCGCUGGUUCCUGAACCCCAACCACAACACAUCCUCCACUCAUUCUCGCGCAAUUCGCAUUUGCAACACGACUCUCGUGUUGAUGCUAGCGGAUGAGAAGGCACCAAAGAAAGAUGACUCAACUAGUCCAGUUCCUGAUGAACUGGACCAGACUGUCUGGCACCUCCAUUCUAACACACUGGAAUGGAUCGAAGACUUGAUGAAUUCCAUUGGCCUCACUCCGGAAACUCUCGAGGGCACACGGAGCGACUGGAAACCAGAAAAGAGCUUCGAUGUCAAGAACCGCUCAAUCAAGAACACUGGGAAUCAAGAAGAAGACUCUGAGGAGAUCUUGGUACCCUUGGCUGCACAGAUGAAGCCGCGCGAUAAAGACCUGAAAUACCUUGCAUGCGCUCAUUACAACAAGAAGUGGGAGCUGUUGAAUACUCAUCAGAUGCUAGACAGGUUGGACAAGGUGGCCUCAUCCAGGGCCGACAGCUCCUAUCGGAAACGGCGAUUCCAGCAACGUGAUGGAGGAGAUGUGGCUAACGAAAAGACAACGGACGAUAUGAUCAUAUUCCGCUGCAUUCUCAUAGCAUUACUCUUUCAGACAGCCCCAGACAACGCAGCGCUCAUCAAGUCGGGGGUUUGGGAACAGGUUGUGGCUAUUGUCUAG